GCAGAAAGGUUUCUAUGGUAAUGUAAUGUGAUUAUCUAGUGUUUAAAAUAAAGCAAAUAAAAGGGACACCCAUAUAUUUGUUCGAAAAUUCUUCUAAAAUUCCAUGAAUGUAUGAAAUUUAACUGGCCAGAAAAAUGCCAAGUCACGAGUCCUCUUAGCCACUGAAAACCAAGAAACCAUGCAAUCUCGAUAAUCUUCAUCUCCUCAACCCCUGUCACCCAACCUCCCUCCUCCACCAUGGCCAGCACCACCUCAGCCACCUCCAUCCUCUCCACCUCACCUUCACUUUCCCGCCACAAAACCCCCCUCCAUCUCUUCUCCUCAUCUCUCCAACUCAACCCUUCUUUCCCCACUUCAAAUCUCCCCAAACUCAUCACAAAACUCCACGUCACUUCCCCUGCAAACAACUCCACCGCCGCCCCCACCAAGCCCACCGAAGAAACCAUCUUCUUCGACGGCGGAGCUCACUACGGAGACUUAGUCGCAAAUCUCGUUCUGGGCUUCACUCUUCUCUGGCUACCUCUAACGUUAGCUGCCGUGUUUCGAGCAUUCUUUUUGAGGUACAGGUUUACGAAUUUGAGAGUUACUGUUAUUUCGGGGCUAAGUGGUGACGACAGAAGUGAUUUUAGUUACAAAGUGAUUAAGGAUGUUCAGGUUGUGCCGAGGUUUAUUGGGGAGUGGGGGGAUAUUAUUAUUACUCUGAAAGAUGGGACUAAAGUUGACUUGAGAAGUGUUCCUAAGUUUAGGGAGAUUGCUAAGUAUUGUCUGUCCAUGGCUCAAGAAAGUGGAGCUGUUUCCACGGAGAAUGGUCCUAAAGGAUUUUGAGGAUCUUGUGUUUCCUUUUGUUUUUGAGUAUAAUCACACUACUCUUUACUUUGAGAGGCAUGUACAUUUACAUAAUUUGCUAAUUUAUAUGUGAAUUGUCAACAAUUUUGUUGUUUUUA